ACCUAGAUGAGGAUUGACAUGGCCCACUGACGUGUCCUUCUGUGGGUGAAGAAUAGGGUUUUGAGUGCACAGCCCUGCUUCUCGAUAAUAUACACAUACAGGUCCCCUCCCGAUCUCCUCCUUCAAUUCAUUUCUCAUCACACUUCUUUCUCAAUUUCUCCUCUCAUAUCUUUUGCUCCACGCAGUUGUUCUCAUGGCUUCCAAUUCCGACAAGGAUACUCCGGCGGGCUCUGCCGAGAAUUCCAAGUCUGAUUCAUCCUCAGGGGAGUCACAUUCAGAACAGAGAAGAGCCGCGGCAGCUGCCUCUGUGCCAGGAGCCGGUUUACCUGCUAAUCCUUUCGAUUUUUCAGCAAUGACCGGCCUGCUUAAUGAUCCAAGCAUUAAAGAAUUAGCAGAACAGAUUGCAAAAGAUCCUGCAUUCAACCAGAUGGCAGAGCAGCUCCAAAAGACUUUUCAUGGUGCAGCAGUUGAAGAGAGUAUCCCACAGUUUGACACACAACAGUAUUAUUCCACCAUGCAACAAGUUAUGCAAAAUCCUCAAUUUAUGACUAUGGCUGAGCGUCUUGGUAAUGCAUUAAUGCAGGAUCCAUCUAUGUCCAGCAUGCUUGAGAAUUUGGCUAAUCCAACACACAAGGACCAGCUUGAAGAAAGAAUGGCACGCAUUAAAGAAGAUCCAUCAUUGAAGCCUAUUUUAGAUGAGAUAGAAACUGGUGGUCCAGCUGCCAUGAUGAGAUACUGGAACGAUAAGGAUGUCUUGCAGAAGUUGGGUGAAGCAAUGGGUCUUGCAGUUUCAGGGGAUGCAGCCGCUUCUGCUGAUAAUUCAGGUCUAGAUGAAGCUGAAGAAUUGGCAAAUGAGGAUGAAUCAAUUGCUCAUCAUCACAGUGAAUCAAUUGUUCAUGACACUGCUAGUGUUGGUGAUGUGGAGGGUUUGAAGAAUGCACUUGCCUCUGGUGCCGACAAAGAUGAAGAAGAUUCAGAGGGAAGGACUGCACUGCAUUUCGCAUGUGGGUAUGGUGAGGUGAAGUGUGCUCAGAUCCUUGUUGAGGCUGGAGCAACGGUGGAUGCUUUGGAUAAGAACAAGAACACUGCUCUUCAUUAUGCAGCUGGUUAUGGCAGGAAGGAGUGUGUAGCACUUCUGCUGGAGAAUGGUGCUGCAGUCACUCUCCAAAACAUGGAUGGCAAGACACCGAUCGAUGUGGCCAAACUGAACAACCAGCAUGAGGUACUGAAGCUGCUUGAGAAGGAUGCAUUCCUAUAAGAGUUCAUGGUGGCAUUUGUAUGCUUUGGCUCUUUGAUACUGUUAUCAGGGUUUGAGCGUGUUAAAGACUAAUUUGCUUUGAUCAGCAUGAGGGACAUUCCAACUUGAUGCUUUGUCUAUGCUAUCUUUGCUUCCAUCUGGUUGCUAUAUUGCAGGAUGAUUAUAGUAACAUAAACCGCCUCUUCAUGGUACAAUUUACAUGUAUUGAGGGUUAGAUCAUGUGUGCCAUAAUACAUCGCCAUUUGUAGA